GUCGCGACAAAAGCAGGUGCUACGCACCGCAUAGAGCUGCAUCGGUUAGGAGGAGACUACCAGAGCUUCACACAACCUCUGCGGACGACAAGCGGUGCAAAUUUUGCGUAAAUUUUAGCUCACUGGGGAGAGCACACCAGUCGCCUCUCCAAAACAAACUCGCCGUCGCGGCACGAUGGACGAGCGACAACACGUCACGAAAUCGCUCACGGACCCAAGCGCGUGCGGCUGGGAGACGCCGCGCAGGGGCCAGCGCGUCCUCGCGUCGUUCACGUGCUGGCCGCGCGCGACGGGCCCGCUGCGAGACGCGCCCGCCAUUGAUGCAGCACGCAACACAGCACCACCGCUCUGCAAGGUCGAGCAGGAAGUCAUCACCGUAGACGCGCCCCCUCCCCCAAAACCGCCGUUCCAUAACGAUGACGACGGCCUCGACGAGUGGUUGAUGAUACCGAGGCCCUCGGUCUUCCAAAAACCAGAUUACAUAAAAGCCGUCGACGCCGCUCUCCUCAGAUGCAAGGACGGCGAACGUAUCAUCUAUGAAACGGUGGACGGGUUCGUCGUGGAUGUGGAAGUCCACGAGAUCCUCGCCGAGAAGAAUUUGAUCGAAUCAACGGCGGGUUUUACGAGGACGCAGCGCCUGCGAGCAACGAAAUCUCAGGUCGUGCGGCCGCCUUCCUCCGGAUGUGUUGUGCGCGGUACGUUGAAAGUGUUACGAGGGUCGCUACCAGAUCGAUCAUGGUUCGGCCUCGAUGGAAAUGAUUUCGAAGCUAAACUAGGGGACGGGUUACUGUCCGAAGGCUUCGUGGCUUGCUUAACAGAUAUCAAACAGGGCUCCUCGGCGAAGUGUACGAUUGCCGGCGAAUGCCUGCUGCCCGAUCUCUGUAGCGAAGAAGAGCAGCAUGCCAUCGUACCCGUUGAGUAUUGGAACAGUGAUCAAUCAGAGGACAUAGACCUCCCGUCAGUAAUACUGGAGGUCUCCGUCACGGCCAUCGACGACACCGGCAAAAAACGUAGAGACCCGAUGACCAUGAGUCUCCAGCAGAAAGAAGAACGGUCCCAAGUUCUUAAAGAGCGAGGUACGGCACUCUACAAAGCGCGACGCUUCCGACGAGCCGAAAGCGUCUGGCACGAGGGCGUGAGGCUCUUCGGCUUCUGGAAGCCCGAGGACUCCGUCAUGGACCCGCACGACCACCACCUGAGGGAGAACAAUCGGUUGCGGGCGCUGUCGAACCCGUUGCUGUUGAACGAAGCGUUGCUGAUGCGGCGGCGCGGCGCCUUCAAGGAAUGUGAACAGAACUGUAAUGAAGUGAUCGAGAACGACCCGAGCCUCGCGAAGGCCUUUUUUAGGCGGGGCCAGGUGCGUGUGGAUCUGCAGAAGUGGGAGGACGCGCGUCACGACUUUAUGAAAGCGGUCGAGUGCGGCGCUGUUUCUGGUGACGUCGACAAGGAGCUUAACAGGUUGCGGAAAUUAGAGCGGCAACAGGAUGCGAAGGAUGGCAAAGCUCUAAAACACACGUUCGAUCCUGAUAGACCGUCGAUCUACGACACAGCGACGUCCAAGGGCGUCGAGAAGGCUUUAAGGGAUAUCAAGGAAGAUGCAUUGCGGCGGAAAGCACGCGGUCCUUCGACGCGAAAGCCCGUCACGAAGACGUCUUCUCAAAAAAACUACGACUGGACGACGUCGUAUACCAAGGAACGGCCGGCCUAUACUACUAGUAGCGACGAUAGACAUGAGCCUGUGGUGGUUGAGGACCUGGCCGCGGAGAUCGAAGAUAUAUCUGAUGAAGAAGAGGAAGCUAGACGCCGGGCGAAGCAGGACUACUACAACGCGCAGAUCGCCCUCGGGAACAUGCGGGUCCAGCUGCCGAAGCCUGGGGAGGGGGUUUAAU